AUGGAGUCGGAGGAUUCUCCAUCCAGAAAAUUGGAUUUCAGUGCGCCGCUGCUAUCCACCAGGCGGCCGGCCACGCCCAGAAAGCGCGGGCUAAUUCUUCCGGCCGGCGCCGGGGAAAAUCCGGUGCCGCUUGCGGUGGAUGUCAGUAAUCGGAUACCGUUUUCUUGGGAGCGGAUUCCUGGGAAGCCCAAGGAAACCGAUGAUCAGGCCGGCAGCGAGGAUUUCCCGCUCCCCAAGCCGCCGCCGGGGAGAUGGUACCCGAGAAAUGGGGGGUCGAGGAGCGACUGCGAUUGCUGCGAGGAGGGACGGCAUUGCGAUAAUUACGACGGCGACGUCGAGGACGGCGGGAACAGAGAGGUACAGUACUCGGACGCGUUGGAUGUGUUCUCGUUAGGCGAAUCAUCGUCCUCGUCCGACAAUAAUGUCGGCGACGACAACAACAACAACGUUGGUGGAGACAGAACAACGUGUUUGGCGGCGGGAGGGAAUUUCGAGCCGGAUUUGAUCUUCUUGAGGUUUCUGAAAGAUGCGAAGGCGCUGGCGGCGGAUUCCUUGAUUAACGGCUGCGAUGUUAACGAGGCGGCGAGUGAUCAUCAUCAUCAUCAUCAUCGGCCUGAUUCGUGCUUCGCUCGAGCCCUCAGCGCGGGGCAACGCUACGAAUACUCUUCCUGUAGCAAGGCGUGUGGGCUCGACAUUUUCCUGCCGUGGCGGAUGAAGCCGAAGCCGUGCGGCGGCGGCGUCAGGAACUCCGUCGUGGCGGCCGCCGCUUCUCCUAGACUGAAGCCGCCGCAAUGGGGCACCAGAAAACCUCAGGAUCAUGUAUGA